UUGACAAUCUUUGUGCAGAGCAAGACUUUGGACCAUAUCGUACGAAGAGGGUUCAAUCACAUUGGCGGCUAUCGACGAUCUAGAGCCUCUUAGCAAUCAUCAGGAUCCCGCUCGAAGCGUCUCCAAGCCGUGAAGCCGACUGGAACCCCGCAGCCGGUGCAAUUCCUGGAGGCGUGGAGCAUCACCUUGUCCCGCACUUGCACAAGGUCACUCAGCUCACAUCUGACAUUCACACUUGCCUCACUCCGAAAGUAAAUCUCCAUCAUGUCGAACGAGGAUGGACCCGUCAAGGCCACUCAGGUCAAACUUGUGCUACUAGGCGAAGCGGCAGUUGGAAAAUCAUCUUUGGUGAUGAGAUUCUGCUCAAAUGACUUCAACGAAAACACCUCGCCCACUAUCGGAGCCGCGUUCCUGACUCAAAAAUGUCGGCUGGAGAACAGGAUUGUGAAGUUUGAGAUAUGGGACACCGCUGGACAAGAACGAUUCCAUUCCCUCGCACCUAUGUAUUACCGAAACGCAGCUGCCGCUGUGGUCGUCUAUGACAUAACCAAAGCUUCGUCUCUUGAAAAAGCCAAAGCAUGGGUCAAGGAGUUACAAAGACAGGCAAAUCCGAAUAUCGUCAUUGCCUUAGUAGGCAACAAGUUGGAUCUCGUUUCAGAUGAAUCUGGAGCUUCAGUGGCUCCAAAGAGCAAGCCGGCAGCUGAGGAGCCGGCGAAUGAGGCAGAGGAGUCAGAGACAGAUGCUGAGGACGAUGCGACACCCCCACCGCCGGCAACUACCGCGGCUGCAGGUGACGAUUCGAGUGACAGUCUAAGACAGGUGUCGAAAGAGGAAGCAGACGAAUACGCCAAGGAGGCCAAAUUAUUAUUCUUCGAGGCGUCAGCCAAGACCGGAGCGAACGUAUCUGAGCUCUUCACUGAGAUCGCCAAGAACAUUCCCGAUGAGACGCCUACAAAGCCUGCUGCUGCUCAAGGUCAGGCUGGCCGUAGGAAUGGGGCUAGGCAAGGUGCGGACAGUGGAGUCGAUCUUGGCGAGAGACAACAGGGUAAAAAGGGUGGAUGCUGUUAGAUUCGAGAGGCGACUUGGGGUGGAGGAUGGACAGAUAUGUGGCGAUAUGCUUAUUAGUUUCCCUUGUUGGCCUUUUCUUCCCACUGCGGCUCGAGGCGCAGAUCUUGUACUGUUUUCGAUCUGGAUGCGACGGGCUCUUCUCACUAGAGGCUAC